UACAAAAUAUAAGAAUCUGAGUUUAUCAGAGAGCACUGUUUUAGUUAUGAUUACAUCACAUUUUCCAAAAUACGUGGCAGUUUUUGCCCUGUUUGUCCUGAGUGUUGGUGCGCUGGACACCUUUAUUGCUGCAGUGUAUGAGCAUGCUGUUCUAUUACCAAACAGAACAGAAACACCUGUUCCGAAAGAAGAAGCUUUGCUCCUGAUGAACAAGAACAUAGAUGUGUUGGAGAAAGCAGUUAAACUGGCAGCCAGGCAGGGUGCACAUAUCAUUGUAACCCCAGAAGAUGGAAUUUAUGGCUGGGUCUUCACAAGAGAGACUAUUUACCCCUAUCUGGAGGAUAUCCCACACCCGGAAGUGAACUGGAUUCCAUGUAGAGACCCCAGGAGGUUUGGCUACACCCCAGUGCAAGACAGGCUCAGCUGCCUGGCCAAGGACAACUCCAUCUACGUCGUGGCAAAUAUUGGGGACAAGAAGCCGUGCAAUGCCAGCGACCCUCAGUGUCCCCCCGACGGCCAUUACCAGUACAACACUGAUGUGGUGUUUGAUUCUGAGGGUAGGCUGGUGGCACGCUACCAUAAGUACAAUCUUUUUGCACCUGAAAUUCAAUUUGAUUUCCCCAAGGAUUUAGAACUCGUGACUUUUGACACUCCCUUUGGGAAGUUUGGCAUUUUCACUUGCUUUGACAUUUUUUCUCAUGAUCCGGCUGUGCUGGUGGUGGACGAGUUUCAAGUGGACAGCGUUCUCUACCCCACAGCGUGGUACAACACGCUGCCCCUCCUCUCGGCGGUUUCCUUCCAUUCGGCAUGGGCCAGAGCCAUGAGGGUCAACCUGCUCGCUGCCAACACCCACAACACCAGCAUGCACAUGACAGGGAGCGGAAUCUACGCCCCAGAAGCAGUCAAGGUGUACCACUAUGACAUGGAAACAGAGAGCGGCCAGCUGAUGCUCUCAGAAUUGAAGUCCCGGCCUCGGAGCGAGCCCACCUACCCUGCAGCUGUCAACUGGGCUGCUUAUGCCAGGGGCGUCAAGCCAUUCCCGUCGGAGCAGUCGGACUUUCCAGGGAUGAUUUACUUUGAUGAGUUUACCUUCACUGAGCUUAAGAGAAACACAGGAAAUUACACAGUUUGCCAGAAAGACCUGUGUUGUCACUUAACUUACAAGAUGUCUGAAAAGCGAACAGAUGAGGUGUACGCCCUGGGUGCUUUUGACGGACUGCACACAGUAGAAGGUCAAUGUUACUUACAGAUAUGCACAUUACUGAAGUGUCAAACCACUGACCUUAGAACUUGUGGGGAGCCUGUGGGGUCAGCUUUUACCAGGUUUGGAGAAUUCUCCCUCAGCGGCACAUUUGGAACGAGUUACGUUUUCCCACAGCUCAUUCUAAGUGGGAGUCAGCUUGCCCCUGAAAGACAUUAUGAGGUUUCACGGGACGGACGUCUGAGAAGCCGAGACGGAGUGCCUUUGCCUGUCUUAGUGAUGGCCCUGUACGGGAGAGUGUUUGAGAAGGACCCUCCACGCUUAGGGCAGGGCCCUGGGAAACUGCAAUGAUCCCCUUCACUGGCACCCUUUCAGGGUUAGUCUGGCAAAGAGAGGGAGGAAAAAACGAGAGUCCUUAAUGUCUGUUUAGAAAGAUGUCAUAAAUUUGCUGAAACAACAAACAAACUUAAGAAGAUUUAAAAAGCGAUGGAUGUGUGUGCCCAACUUUACAUUUUACAUAUUUGAUAGAGCACGAACUCAUUUACGGGAGCUGCAUUCAUCUUCCAUGUGGGUGCAUUUAAGUGUGUGUAAGUACGUAUAUGGAUAGUGUACCAUAUAUUUCAAUGGAAGGGGGGCCUAGAAAAAUCUUUUUGUGGUAACUGCUCUAAUGUAUGCAAAUGUUGGUUUCUAUCAUUUGUAAACACCCAGGGCAAACUUUGAAUAUGCAUAGGGUAUUUAAUUCUGAUCAAUUAAGAUACAGGAAGUGAAAACACAGGGGUAUCUUUAAAAGUAAUCAUGAAUACAUUUUUAACUAAUUAAAAAUUGUUCCAUUAUCUCUUUA